GCAUUACAAUCAGAAUAAUACGGCUGACGAACCAAAAAAAUGGCUGUAACGAAUAACAAAAGCUCCAAAUUAGCGGACUUGGUUGAUUUUUAAAUAUAAAUGCCAAGAUUUCCCUUCCCUAGAUGGCAAGUAGCAACAUGCAGUUGCUUUAUCCCAUGAGCAUCGUGGGUUGGAAUCAGCACAAUCUAAUAAUUUUACUUCUUAGCAUGGGUUCCCAUCGAGAAAACAAGCGCCCAAUUCCAACAUGGGCUUCCUAGACAAAAUAGUUCAUGGCCUAAAGUUACUAUUUGCUUCAGAAAUUGUGCAGUUUAGCCUGCGCGAGUGCAUAUAACAAAGAAGGUUACUAUGUACUACGCGGUUAUAAAUGUAAUUGAAUCAUUUGCAAAUUGUUUGAAAAACAUUUUGGCCUUCAUGCAUGAAAGCGAUUUGACAAGUGGAAAUUCGGAGCCAGUUUCUUAUUUAUUCACCAGAUGUCUCUUUCCUUUCUGUCUUGCCAAAAUUUUAUUGGUCAUAUUUGGCUUACUGAUUCUUAUUAUUAUCUGCGCUGAAAGUUUUUAUUUCCAGAUAUUUUGUUGUGUUGAUCGACGUGUUCGUUUAGUGUAAAUCAGCUUACCUAUGGAUUAAAGAACUUUGAUUUUCUACUGUGUAAAUGGACGGCUUUCCAUUGCCAGUCUUCAACAUCGAAUCAGAAGAUGAAGAAGAUCAUGAAGUAGUUGAAGUCCAAGAUGUCAAAAGCACUAGAUGUGAUCAUUUGCACAAGCUGUUGAAUGAUAGGAGCCUUUCACUACCUACUCACAAUCCCAAUACUAUUCUGAAAAAACUUGAAGCCAUAGCUGAAGAAAAUCUUCUGAAAAAGGAUCUGAAAGAAACAUGCUGCACUCUGCCUGGAAAUCCAAGAUCAACCUUCUUGAUGGUUUUCAGUCCAGAUGGCUCCAAAGUUGCUUCAUCACAUGGUGACCACAACAUCAAUGUGACAGACCUAAGGACAAGCAAGUGCAUCUCCACCCUGACUGGGCAUCCUCGCACACCGUGGUGCAUUGCCUUCCAUCCCCAUCGAAAUGACAUUCUUGCAUCAGGAUGUCUUGGAGGGCAAGUUCGUGUUUGGGAUUUGUCUGGAGGAAGUGAAAUGUGGUCUGUUACAGCUACAGAAGUGACAACAGUGAUAGCGUCCUUGGCUUUUCAUCCUAGUGAAAGGCUGCUCGUAGUUGCUACUAAUAGUACACUGUAUUUCUGGGAUUGGAAUAUUCCCCAACCUUUUGCAAAAUGCAGCACAGCGAAUGAGAAGCAAAAACUAAGAUAUGUUAGUUUCGAUCCAUUGGGCAAUUGGUUACUCACAGGAAUAUCGAAUACUUUUGGCACGUCCGCUUCUUUCGCUCCUGGGACGACCUCGUCUCUGACGGGGGGUCCUUUGACAUUAGGAGGCCCGGGUCAAGUAACUCAUCAAAUUAAUUACAGAAUGGAACGAAAUGAACAGGAACGGGAACGUAACCUUCAGAGUCGUUAUCAAACAUUGCUCGACCAGUACGAAAGAUUGAGGGUUCGCUAUCAGGAAUUACGUCAUCGCGCAGCAGAGCUAGAACUGAACGCCAGUUCCAGUCAGAGUACUAGCACCGGAACGGUAGCUUCCUUUAACAUGAAUAGCGAAGUUCCAUCACCGGCUCCUUCCGUUUCUACCAUUAAUGUUCCCGUGGCUGACCAAUCGACGAUUAACAGCUCCAGGACUAGUCCACCCCCUCCAACAGGUGAUACUUCGUUAUUGAACACGUCUUCAUCGAGCGAUCGAUUCUGGCGUACGCUGAUGAAUGCAGCCGAAAAUCUACGAGCCCUCAGCAAUAUCGGUCGAACUUUAAACACCAGUCAACGGCAGGCAGGUGGUCCAGCAGAAGGUUCUUCGAGACCGAGUGGACCCUCGCUAGACCAAGAUGCUCGUAUGAGAAUUCAGCUCCUCAGCCGACAUAUUGAGAAUAUGCAACGCAUCUGCCGUUCUCAUCUUGAAAUGACUCGUCAUCGUCGCCAAGUUUAUCGAUUGCAGCAAAUCCGUCGCAUUCUGGAAGACCUAAGGGAACAAAUUCGUUACCUUCAGGUUUGCGUCAGGGAUAGUCUAGACCUUGUGUCUCGUCUGCGGACGAGUCCAGCAGGAAGCAGCACGCCCUUGUCAAACCAACGCCCAAAUUCUAGUCAUCGUGAAUCUGCUGCCUUUGCCAAUAAUCGUGAGGCUGCUGGCAGCAGUAGCACCGGCUCAAAUCAUGAAGGUGAUUUACAGUUCACUAGCAACGGCAGAAUGGUUAUGGGAUCCCGGGCGUAUUCUCCAAUUCAAUGUCGACGUUUCACCAAUUAUUUGUUCGGUCGUUUACGGCGAAUCGGACUCCAACAUCAUCGAGAUAAUUCGAGACUACGUCAUAGUUUUGUGGCGGGACGGGAAGCCAGAUAUCCGAUCCGUAGGUUGGGUCUUUAUCGUGGCGAUUCGAGCUCUUUGUCUGGCAAUCCCGUCGAACAGAUUGAUCCCCAGCCAGGACCUUCACGUGGUUAUCCGAUGGGAACCGAUUUUGAAUUUGACGAAGUGAUGCCCAAUCUGGAACGAGGAUUGGGAUCGGGAUCGAGCAGCAAUUCGUUUGGCUGGAGGAGAUCCCGAUUCUCGCGGAUGACGCGGCGAAGCAACAACAUUAAUGUGGUACAUCCAACGCACAGAAGCAAUUCCCUUCUUCAUACUCGUCAUUCAGGUAUCCAGCGACGCAAACCUUCACUUCUUAGUCGCAUUUUCCACGGACGUACGCUCCAAAAUCAGAUCAGAUCUUUGGCGACUUAUCACUCGACAUUGGAAUCCACCACGCCAGUGAAUCUGGAAUCUGGACGUCCUAGCGAUCAGUCCUUGCGUCCCUUGAUGGAACGUCUGGAAUCGCAUUUUAGGCUUCAACGUCAGACCAUGGGCAUAUUAGCCCAGCUGAAUGAGGCGGCCGUAGCUAACGGAAUUGGCAGCAACGUCGAAGGGAACAACCCGACUCCAGCAGCAGGAGCACCUGGAGAGAAUUCGGUUGAUGGUGGUGGUGUGCCCACGGCCAGUUUUAGUGACAGUGGCGUAUCUUCUCGCGGCGGGCCGUGGGCCUCGAAUGUCCUUCACAGUAUCCGCCAUUUUCGAGCAAGAAGGGACGCCUUUGAAAGGGCACGUUCCUUCGAAUCGAGAUUGUCUUCCAGCGGCAGUGUGGAUCGUUUUCAACCGCCACGACGAAUGGAUAGCAACCUCAACAUCGGAAUUCCGCCUCGUUUCCGCCCAUCACGUCCGUUUGAAGAUGAAGACAGUUCCGAUACUGACACUGACGUGGCCGCAGAGUCGGCGAAUCCAGCAGCCAAUCGUUGGCGUCAAUCCAGUCCAAUCCGUUCGCCACGAGGCGUAGAGCAGCGAAUGAGACUCUUGUGGAGGGAAUAUUUGUCGCAAGUUGUCCACGUGCAACUGAACAGCAUGGGUGAAAGCAAUAACGGUAACACCAGCCAGCAACCUGGCGCAGGAACAGCGCAGGACAGCGGCGAUAACGAUCAAGAACGGACACGCUAUCGUUUAUGGCUCUCGACUAUGGUCGAGAGUCUAACGAGUUUCUUUUCCCAGCACGCAAUCAAUUCCUCUGAUUCGACCGAUGCACCUCCUACCCCGUCGAUAAACACGACGACCAAUAGACCAUUACCUGGAACUCCUCUACCAUCUCGACCUGGCUCGUCAUCAGCUGCGGGUCAGGCCCAAGCGUUCCCUUACGUUUCUCGUUUCUCCAACGCCAUGAGAGACGAAGGAUUCAUGCCGGCCACAGAAGAAGGUCCGACGUCUCCGGUUAUGGCUUCGCGUUCUACUGCUGGUCCACACCAUGCUCCUCCGCCUUGGAGAGUGUUCCCGCGUGUCGGUCACGGUAUGGGUGGCGUAGGUGGAUCGGCUGGAGUUUCUUUUGGUAUCGGUGGAGCGGAUCAAGGCCCAGGACAGCAACGAUGGAAUCUCCGCCGAAAUGCGGAAUCGCAAGUGUCGUUGAGCGCCCAUUUAACCUACCGCAUCCAAGCUUGGGAUUUUUGCGCCAAAGACAGAUUGAUCCCCGACAUCCGCGAUCCCUAUGCCAACAUUGUUGUUCCCGAAAGUAAGAUCCAUAAUGACGCGAGUGUUGAUGUCUCUGCCGACGGCCGUUUCCUUGUUACCCUCGUGCCCUGUACUUCUCUCACUGGAGCUCUCAUUAGUCUUCAUAGUCUAGAACCAUCUCGUCUGGGUUUGUGCCUGGCGCAAGUGAACGUUGACCAGUUUGUUGUUUCGGUCAGCAUUUCACCAACUUGUCGUCAUCUUUUGCUGGGCCUGGCUAGUUCCCGUGCUCUGUCUGUUACCAGUCGCGAUCACGCUCUUCCUACGCUCUGGGCCCAGGUGUAUCAAAUUCCUAUCAAAGUCUUUCAGGCACAGAGAAAUGGCCCGUCAGCUAUUACUGCUGCUGCUGCAACUGCAACUGCAACUGCUACUGCAACUGCUACUGCUACUACUACUGCUACUGCAACUGCAACUGCUAGCUCAACUAGUGGCGCUGUUCAUAGCGUUGUUGGCGACUUGACAGUUGAUCAUCAUCAAAGUAGUCGUCAACUGUUGGAGAAAAAACAGAGCAUUCCACCACCGAAAGGUAGUCUGCUCCACGUACGUGAUUUAAGUCAAACGGCUGAUGUUGGAUUGACCAGUCUCAACUGUAUUCGCUGGAUUCCUACUGCUGGACAAGGAUUUGUAUUGGGCACUAAUAAGGGUCAUCUCAAAGUGAUUGGCUGAUUUACAGGAUUGUGUUUGUUUGUUUGUUUUUUUCUUUGUUUCGUUUCUUUUUUAUAUGUAGGAGCUGUAAAAAUAAAUUUUCAGACGCGUU